AUGUUCGUGAUGAAACUCGACAGUCUCGGGGCCCAUCAGUGGACCAUCCUACGGGGUGGUUCGAGUGUUGAGGAGGCACGUGGUUUGCAGGUGGACGCAUCCGGGAAUGUCUUCGUGGCCGGCUAUACAGCCUCCACUGACCUGGACAGCCAAAGCAAUGCUGGCGAUUUUGACGUGUUCGUGAUGAAAUUCGACAGUGACGGGGCCCAUCAGUGGACCAUCCUACGGGGUGGUUCGGGUGAUGAUUUUGCAUAUGGUUUGCAGGUGGACGCAUCCGGGAAUGUCUUCGUGGCCGGCUAUACAGCCUCCACUGACCUGGACAACCAAAGCAAUGCUGGCGAUUUUGACGUGUUCGUGAUGAAAUUCGACAGUGACGGGGCCCAUCAGUGGACCAUCCUACGGGGUGGUCCGGGUGAUGAGUUUGCAUAUGGUUUGCAGGUGGACGCAUCCGGGAAUGUCUUCGUGGCCGGCUUUACAGCCUCCACUGACCUGGACAGCCAAAGCAAUGCUGGCAAUACUGACGUGUUCGUGAUGAAAUUCGACAGUGACGGGGCCCAUCAGUGGACCAUCCUACGGGGUGGUCCGGGUGAUGAGUUUGCAUAUGGUUUGCAGGUGGACGCAUCCGGGAAUGUCUUCGUGGCCGGCUAUACAGCCUCCACUGACCUGGACAACCAAAGCAAUGCUGGCGAUUUUGACGUGUUCGUGAUGAAAUUCGACAGUGACGGGGCCCAUCAGUGGACCAUCCUACGGGGUGAUUCGGGUGAUGAUUUUGCAAAUGGUUUGCAGGCGCGGUGCGCGACCACCCCUUCGGACGUUGUCCUUGAUGUUAAAUUCUUCGACAGGGUGGAUGAAGAAGCGGCAUUGUCCUUUACGAUUGGUCGCCCUUUGAUCCUAUGGUGACAUCCACAGUCACCAUCAACGGGCAUCAGUCGAAUCAAUCUGGUCAAAUCAUGUUGUUCAUAUAUGUUCAGAUGGAGCAUUUCCGUGUAGCAAGGCCCUCGCUUUAGAACGCGCAGAAAAGCAUCGCUUUAGAACACUCAGAAAACC